AUGUCUUCAACAGCAAUGUAUAUGAGAACGCUGAGAGCCUAUUCAAAAUAUGGCAACAAUCAUGCUCGCUUAAUCGCGAGAACCUUCUCGGCAACCUCCCGCCGCCCCGAGAUCAACAAAGUCUACCCAUCAGCCUCGGAAGCCCUGAAGGACAUGAAGUCCGACUCGACUCUGCUGUGCGGAGGCUUUGGUCUAUGCGGUGUGCCGGACACCCUCAUUGACGAGGUCCUAAAGAAGAAGGAGAUCACUGGCCUGACGGCGGUAUCGAACAAUGCUGGAACAGACGACUCGGGGCUGGGGCAGUUGCUCAAGACCAAGCAGAUCAAGAAGAUGGUUGCAAGCUACAUUGGCGAAAACAAGACCUUCGAGAAUAUGUACCUGACGGGGCAGGUCGAGCUGGAGCUGACGCCACAAGGGACGCUGGCUGAGCGUUGUGCCGCCGGUGGCAAGGGCAUUCCGGCCUUCUACACACCUGCGGCGUUUGGUACUGUUGUGCAAACCGGCGAACUGCCGCUAAAGAACAAGAGCAACGGGACUCCAGACAUUUUCUCGUAUCCGAAGGACGUGAAAGUCUUCAACGGAAAAUCGUACUUAUUGGAAAACAGUAUAGCAGGAGACUACGCGUUUGUGAAGGCCUACAAGGCUGACAAGCUUGGAAACUGUCAGUUCCGUCUGGCGGCCAACAACUUCAAUGGUGCGAUGGGCCGAAAUGCCAAGAUGACCAUUGUGGAGGCCGAGCACAUUGUCGAGCCAGGUGAGAUCCCUCCCGAGGCGGUGCAUCUGCAGGGCAUCUACGUCAAGCGUGUUAUCAAGAGCACGAGCGAGAAGAAAAUCGAGAAGUACACCUGGACCAAGGAUGAGAAUGACUCGGAUGCCAAGAAGGUGUUGGGCUCCGGCGACACAGCGGCCAAACGAGAGCGCAUCGUUCGCAGAGCGGCUAAGGAGUUCAAGAAUGGCAUGUAUGCCAACCUGGGAAUCGGCAUGCCCAUGCUGGCGCCUGGCUUCGUGGGUCCUGAGGUUGAAGUUCAGCUACAAUCUGAGAACGGCAUCCUAGGUCUUGGUCCGUACCCGAGGCAAGGCGAGGAGGACGCGGAUCUAAUCAACGCUGGUAAGGAGACGGUCACUCUCAAGCCUGGCGCUGCAGUAUUCGGCAGCGAGGAGAGUUUCGGCAUGAUCCGAAGCGGCCGCAUCAACUUGACCAUCCUGGGCGCUAUGCAGGUCAGCGGGAAUGGUGAUCUUGCCAAUUGGAUGUUGCCCGGAAAAGUCAAGGGCUUUGGAGGAGCUAUGGACCUGGUCAGCAACCCCAGCGCCACAAAGGUCGUGGUUACGAUGGAGCACACGGAUAAGAAAGGCAACCCCAAGAUUGUCAAGCAAUGCGCGUUCCCCCUGACCGGGCGGGCUUGCGUGUCCAGGAUUAUUACGGAGCUUGGUGUUUUCGAUGUUGACUUUUCCCGUGGUUUGACUUUGAUUGAGAUUGCAGACGGUGUCACGGUGGAUGAAGUAAAGAGCAAGACGGAGGCGCCGUUUACUGUAGCGGAGGAUCUCAAGCCCAUGCUUUGA